AGCCGCGGGUCGGCGCUCGCCCCCGAGGGCGCCGGGGCCUCCGCGCUCGAACAGAAACUGCUCUUCCAUUGAUUGGGCCCCGUUGGGCGAGCGGCCGGUGCGUGUGCCCCGAGCGAGCGCGUGCGGAAGGCAGAGGGCAGGAAGUAGGACUUCUGCAGCGACGGUGGCGGCGCGGCGCAGGGGACGGAGCCUUCCUUAUUUAUGUGUCUGCCGGCGUUCGCCUUCGCCGCCCGAAGACUUCAGGGAGCGUCUCCGAGCUGCGUUCCCCGCGUGUAAGGCACGGAAGGGCUGGCUGUCUGAGCACCAUGAUUACCCAUUAACCUCCAAACUUUCCUUUUUCUUAACCCAAAGAAUAUCGGUGAUUUUUGUCCACUGCUAGCAGAAGAGGAGAGGACCCAGGGCUCUUGAAAUGCAGCAAAAUCCUUAUUUCUAAGCAGGCCCGAGAUAGUGAUAUGCAGACCCCCUCUACUCAGUGAAGUUUUCUAUCCUAUGGAUAUCGGUCUUGAGAUUUGAGAUCGGAGAGCAGUCCUGUCUGCACUGGGUCCCGCAACCUCCGUCCUUUCAAUGCCCAGUUUUCUCUGGGACUGCUGGCCUUCCCUGGAGAUCAGAGCGCUGCUUUGUGCCAUGGGCUGUAUUCAGAGCAUCGGGGGCAAAGCCAGAGUCUUCCGGGAAGGCAUCACCGUGAUUGACGUGAAAGCCUCUAUUGACCCCAUCCCCACCAGCAUCGAUGAGUCCUCCAGCGUGGUGCUCCGCUACAGGACACCCCACUUCCGUGCCUCGGCCCAGGUGGUCAUGCCACCCAUCCCCAAGAAAGAGACCUGGGUCGUUGGCUGGAUCCAGGCGUGCAGCCACAUGGAGUUCUACAACCAGUAUGGGGAACAGGGCAUGUCCAGCUGGGAGCUCCCGGACCUCCAGGAGGGCAAGAUCGAGGCCAUCAGUGACUCAGACGGGGUGAACUACCCCUGGUACGGCAACACCACGGAGACGUGCACCAUCGUGGGCCCCACCAAGAGGGACUCCAAGUUCAUCAUCAGCAUGAACGACAACUUCUACCCCAGCGUCACAUGGGCCGUGCCCGUCAGUGAGAGCAACGUGGCCAAGCUGACCAACAUCUACCGGGACCAGAGCUUCACCACGUGGCUGGUGGCCACCAACACCUCGACCAAUGACAUGAUCAUUUUGCAGACGCUGCACUGGCGUAUGCAGCUCAGCAUCGAGGUGAACCCCAACCGGCCCCUCGGCCAGCGCGCCAGGCUGCGGGAGCCCAUCGCCCAGGACCAGCCCAAGAUCCUGAGCAAGAACGAGCCGAUACCGCCCAGCGCCCUGGUCAAGCCCAAUGCCAACGACGCUCAGGUCCUCAUGUGGCGGCCCAAGUACGGGCAGCCGCUCGUGGUGAUCCCGCCCAAGCACCGGUAACGGCCAGGGCGCCCUGCUAGGCUAGACUCGAAUUAUAAUGCUGCUCCUACCCACACCCGCACGGACUCUUCGGUCAUUCAGCAAAAUACAACCACUCUACCUUCUCGAGCGGGCGGAUCUCACUGUGCAAAGGCCCCGGGAUGGCCUCCCCCAGCCCUCUUGGCACCUGCUUCCUUUCGGGGAGGGGGAGGCCCGGCCGGGACACCUGACCCCACGUGCCCCUUCACCUCGGGUCUCCUCUCCUGGCAGUUCAGUCAUUCACUUGCAGGCCUCCCCAGAUCAACUGCUUUUUUAGUUUUUCUUCUUCUUCUUCUUCUUCGUUUUUUUGUUUUUUGGGUUUUUUUUGUUUGUUUGUUUGUUUUUUAAACACCUCUUUACGAGGUUCAGGGGCGGGAGGAGGCGGAGCUGGUCAUGACCCUGACCGGCACUGCUGCUGAUCUGUGAGUGGCGGCUCCCCCCACCCCCGUGGCAGCUCCCUCGUCCCCCCGUCACGCGGCCUUACGUAGACUCGCUUUGCCAAACUUCUUCUGCCUUAAGCUGAAUUUAAAGGAAAAAGCCCCAAACCGACAAAGAAAUAGGAUCUCUUUUCUACCGGACUGUUCACCUUCUGCUAGAGAAACGAAACCAGACAGACCACCUAAAGACCCCCCCGCCCCUUCUCUCGGGCUCAGGUGGAAACCCCCGUGCCCCACCCCCCCCACCCCAUACCUGUGCAGAAGGGAUCUGGGCUUCCCUCCUCUCUCUUCUUGGCAGCCUUAACUUGCCUGGGGUGGAUCUGGGAGGAGAGAAGGAGGGUUGAGCCCAGGGGAUUUUCGCCAUUCCUGUCCUCAGCACCCAGCCACAGAUGGGUCCGCCUUUCCCUUUUCCGUCCACACUGGCCCCAAACGCCUGGAGGGCCGGCCACCUCGAGCCAGAUUUAGUUCUAAGGUAAGAAAGGCGGGUGACUUCCCUCCUGGCUCCUUCUCAGGGGAUGCCCCUCCCGGGGGCUCUGGGGGAAGCUGCAAACGGGCUCUGGGCGCCAGUGUCGGAGGUUGGGGAGACGCUGUCCGGCGGGGGGGCGGUGGGGGAGGGGGUGGUCCUGGAUCUGGGGAGGCCGGGAAGGCUGUCGGCAGACACCCCUCUGCUGCUGAUUCCCAAGGAAGCAAAGCGGGGCCUCGGGCUGGCGGGGGUCACGUGGGGCCAUGGUUGACGGGCAUCGGGGCCGCUCUGGAGGCUGGUCGGGACAGCGUGGCCAGUCUGGAGGGCCACCUUCCCUCGGGUCCAGGGCCCUCCGGAGCCCUAGGAUGGUCCUGAGCGACGCCGAGCCUUCUGCCUUGAAGGCUGCUUGCGGGACCUACGAGGGACACCCCACGGAAGCCCCCUUCCUCCAGCCACUUCACCCGGCCCUGGGUUUCCAACUAAUAACAACACCCAAGCACAGAAAACCGUCAGAAAAGAAAAAGCGUUCAUUUCUGCAGCCGAUGAGCCACUUGGACGAGCCCCGGUGACAGCGUGGGAGGAUGUGGGUCACCUUGCUCGGCUCCUUUAUCCACGUGGUAGUAUACUUAUCCAAGGGGUGCUUCACGUCCAAACUCUCUCUCCAGCCCCACUCCCGACAUCAGGCCCACAGCUGUCCCGGAACAACGGGACUGUGGUUGCCUGCGUGAUGCCCGGGAACCCCUGUGUCAGGCCUAGGACCUUCCCCCUGUGCCCCUUGGUGUGUAGAGACCCAGUCGCCCGGGGAGGCCUGAGCCUCGAGUGAGAGGGACGAUGGGUCCCAGCUCUACCUCUGGGGAAGGGCCAGGCCGGGAGCGGGUGGGCGGGGGGCCAGGGUGACGGCGUCCUGAUGCCGUGGACAGGACCUGGCCCCCUAACGGAGCGGCCCUUCUCUGCACUCAGGUCUUUCUUGCACUAAAAAAGGAGGAAGGGCCCUGGGCGAGGGGUCAGGAAGCUGGAGUUCUGGUUCUGGGCUGGGUCACCACGAAGGGGAUCUUACUGUGCUAGGGGGUGGCCCCGAGCUGCUGGGGGCAGCGUCCCGCAAAUAGGCGCUCGCUGAGCGGGAGCGAGCCCUCCUGCCAGGAGCCGGCGCUGUGCCCACCCGAAGGGGGCACGCCUGCUGUGGCUGCCCGCUCCCCCACCCCCCCGCAUGCCUGGGCCCCAGCUCACCUUGCUCCCCGACUCACCCUGCCCCUCCUGUACCCCUUUCUCUCUGUCCCUCCGGGCCUUUCUGAACACGGGGCUGGAAAGACCCUGGAGAAACGGCAGGUCUGGCCAAGGACACUGGGCUUAGCUUGGGUCUGGUCCCAGGGCCUCCUCCCUGUCGGGAGCACAGACCCCAGGCUUCUCACCUGGGUCCCCAAUCCCUCCGGUGUCCCCGUUUCCUGGCGUGGACACACUCCUCCAGCAAUAAGGACCAUCCGUGGUCGUGGAGAGUACUGUGAAAACAAACCAAUGCACUUACCAGGAGGCACAAGACUCUUGAAGAACAUGUAACAUUAACCUUUUUGAAAAACAACAAAUAUUCACAAAGAGAAAUAAAAUGUAAUUUUAAAGUA